UUUAAAAAAAAGAAGAUAAGCUCAACUCGAUGCGGGAGGACGACCUCCCUCACUCUCUCCAACUCCAAGCAUUCCUUUUUUCGUAAUUCUCACUCCAAAGUAAAGAGGGCUUUUUUAAACCCAUCUUCCUUGCACAUGCAGUGAACGAAUUUUAAUUUCUCAAGCGAGAGAGAGAAAUUCAAAAAGAAAAAGGAUCAAGAAAGAGAUGGCGAUUUCGGAUGCGGUGGUGGGGAACUUGACGACUUUGUAUCUGGUGGUGAUAGCGGCGCUGAAGGCUUAUGGAUUGGCAAGUGGGAAGAGCUUCGGUGGAGGAUUUGUGCUGCUUGCAUCCACGGCGGUGGUGGGCGUACUCUUGAUUGCCAGUCUGACGUGGGACGUGUCCCGUAAGGCCACGUAUGCGCUGACACGGCACGAUCGCAGCAACAGUACUAGCGGUGGGCGGCAUGAUGGGCACGAAAUGUGCCGGGGUGGCAUCUGCUGGCACGGCGUGGCCGUCAAGUCCCCGGCGUCUCAAGUCCGGUUCAGGCUUCCGCAGCAGAACCGGUUGUAAAUGAUGAUCCAUCCAAUCCAGUCGACUAUGUCAAUUUGACUACAAAGUCAAGUCUUUUUUUUUUUUUUGUAAAAAAAAAAAAAGGAGGGCAGUAAGGAUGGAAGCUAGCUAGAUCGUCCCUGGUCGUUGGACAUUUUUGCUAUGCAACAAUUACUAGCAGUAAAUUUGGGACAGGGGAGUGUUUGUGUUACUUUUCAAUGUUUUGCAGUGUGUAUUCUGUAAUGUAUAUGCUGUUCUUUCUUUGGCUUUACAUACUUGAUGUGAAUAGAGGGUACAUGAUUUCAGAA